UGGAUAUUGGAUAUUGAAUUGAAUUGAAUAUCAGUGGUGCUCUGUUUGAAUUUGGUUGUACUCAUCGUUAACCCACUUUUUCGACGGUCUAGUAUAUUUAAGUUAUCAACUCCUUGUUUCACUUUCCGGACACAUUGAAUCUAAAGCUUGAAAGAACACUGAUUUUUUCUCAUAAUCUUAAUAAAUGUCUGGUAUUAGCAGACGUUCCUAUCUUUAUAAUUCUACGUUCAGUAAUUUACUUAUUAAUUCCGUCCUAAUUCAAUUUUGGAUUAUUUUCUGAAGAAAUAAAAUGACUGGAUAUUAAUGAUUACAUGGACCAAACAGAUGAAUUAAUCAGUCAUGAAGCAAAAGAAUUUUAUGAUGAAAUCCGUGGACUAGUUGUUGUCUUUUUGCUAUUCGCAAUCCUUUUCUUUAUUGCUCAUAUCACACUACAGUAUUUUCUAAUAAGAACGGAAUAUGAAUUGAAGCCAUAUCGAAGUGAACGUUUAACUUACCAACUAGUUCUGGGUAUUUGUACAUUUACACUGACAAUAGGCCUAACUUCAUGCAGCCUAUUACCAUUUACUAUUAUCUCUAAUGAGAUUCUAAUUAUUUUUCCACAAUCAUACUAUGUACAAUGGUUAAAUGGGGAGUUAAUACAAGAUUUGAUACUGUUAAUCAAUAUCGGGUGUAAAAUAUCCUAUUUAACCAUACCAUUCUCUUAUUUUCUGUUAAAUUCCCAGGGAUUUCUUCAUAAAUCACAUUCCUUGACACCACGCUUAGUUUACUCUUUUACAAUGGUCUUAUUCUUCUACAUUUUGUGUUUUGGUACGUCAUGGUCAUUGACAAGUUUUGUAUCGGCGUUAAAUUAUUAUUUUUUAUCAGAUGUAUUACCUGCUAGUGAUAAAAACUUAUUUUUUGAAUCCCACAAUCAGGCUUAUUUUUCUGUUAAUCUUACUUAUCACUUUGAUUAUUAUGAAAAUCAUCCAGUCUCAUUUCUUCUAAAUUCUGUAAAAUCCGUCGGCUGGAUUAGAUUUCUCCAGAACAUUUUCAUCCAGGUAAUAUUUAUGUCAGCUUUAGAAAUAAUUCAAAUGACAGCCUCUUUAUUCGGACUAUUAUUACUAUUUAUUUGCACUCCAGUGGGUCUACUAUCUAUUGUCUUAAACCUAAUCGCUAUUAGUAUACAUUCUUUGCCCAAUAUAACACCAAAACAAACAUUGCAUAAUCGUAUUGAACAAAUGAAUUUCGAAGCAUUAACUAUUCUGGAUGACAUUAAAACUGUCCAACUUUUAUAUACUACUAACAGCACGUUAGAUAACGAAGAUGAUUUAUUGAUUAAUAAAUCAAUCUGCUUUCGGAAUUACACCGAUGUCAAGUCAAAAGAAGAGUUAUUAUUCAAGUAUACAAACGAGUUGGAUAUGUUAAAUUUAGAAAUGUUACAAAUCAGGCAGCGUAUAAACGCACGCAAGUUUUUGCGAUUCAUACGCGAAUCUACAAACCUACUAUUUUAUUUUUUCUGUUUAGUUUUGCUUUUUGUUCUGUUGCAUUUAUUGGAAUCAUUUGUAUUCUUCAAUAUUAUUGAUCUUUUAUGGAGUAUGAUUUUUGGCAAUUAUGGUAGUAAGGAUAUCGAUAAUCCUUUAGUAACGACAAAGAGCAGAGAUUAUUCAUCGCUUUCAGCUAAUUCUGCAGAUUACAAUUUUGCACUUGGUUUAAAGCCUGUUUCGUCACUUGGACAUAUUGGAGCUGCUUUUCAGGUAUGCCUGGUGCUGUUCCUUCUUGUGUUAAGUUUGUGGGGGUUUUACUCGCUCCCAUGUACUCGUUUCCUUCGACCAAAAUCUCACGCUACAAGUUUGGAUAUUAUGUUGGCGAACAUUUUGUUGUUUUUAAUGCUAAGUGCUGCACUUCCGCUGCAAACCAAUCUGCUAGGAUUAACAACACUCACUUUACCCAGUCCACUCAAAGCUGAAGCUGUCAUGUCACCUACAUAUUCAGAAAAUUCAGAUCUUGUUUGCGACUCUUCACAAUACCGAUUUAUUUGUGAUGAAAACACUUUCAACUGUCCAACUACGAAAUCGAGCAAAAAAUCUUGCAACCGGUGGACAAAACUGAUUAGUGACACAUACUUUGACCCAUUUAGAUGGCUUAGCUUUAUCCAUUUAGUCAAUCCACUAAGCUCUUCAUCUACGAACAGUCUAGAUGAACUAACAGAAACCCAUCCAAUUCAAACAGGAAAGCAAUCGGUUUUCCAUCAAUUCAUUUUUCGUGCUUUCGGCUAUCCAUCCGUAUCACCUAGUUAUGGGCUUGGUUUAGUUAUAUUAACGUAUAAUAUUUGUUUCCUGCUUUCUUCCAUGUGGAUUGCUGGCCGACGGUUAACAGACGCUACGUUUUCAAUCAGUUUAGAUGUGGUAACAACUAUUCGGUGUUUGCAUCAAUUGGAUAUCACAUUUAAACCUAGAUCACACUUGGAACAUACGGAAUGGCUAAAUGAACUACCUAGUACCAAUGGUUCAGAGGAACUUGAUCGUCGUAUUUAUUCAUCAUAGUCGAUUUAUGACUGUCCACGGUUCUGUUUAUUGUGUAUUUAUGUACACGACUAGCGUAAAUGUUUGUAAUAUUUUCGUUGAUGUUUUACUGCAUUUUCCAUUUAUUUUGUUAUUUUAUUGAUAAACUAGUCGAUUAUACAAAUAUAUAUACAUAUUCAGGUGAAUAAACCCUUGUUAUUGCCUGUAAUUUGAAAUGAUCUCUUAGUUCGAGUAUAUACUGAUUUGUCUAAUUUUGUUUCAAUACUAUGUAUGACAGCAAUUAGUUCUUCUGUUUUGAAAAACCAUAUACUAUUCGGUUUUCUUUCUUAUUUUUCGGUUUUUGUCUUUUCUCACUUUCGAUAAUCUUUUUUCAUGAACGAUAGUUCAUCUUAAUUAUGGUCAGAAUUUUAUUUUUCAUAUAAAUACACUGUAAAUUAAUUAAUCGUCAUUGAUAA